CUGGGCUGGAGUCCCUCCAGGGGAGAGCAGGGGCGAUACAAUUCCACUGGCUGGGAGGGAGUGAGAAGCCACCGAGACCUGUGCUAGGAGCGGCUUCUCGAGAAGAUUCUGCCGACCCCCAAAUCUUCAUUCUUUUUGUUGAGGAGCUGUGUGUCUGCUAUUUUUAUUUUAUUUUUUUUAAUUUUAUUUAAAGAGAAACAAUUGAAUUGAAAAUGAGACUAAAUAUCGCCAUCUUCUUUGGGGCUCUCUUUGGUGCUUUGGGGGUUUUACUCUUUUUGGUGGCUUUUGGAUCAGAUUAUUGGCUUCUUGCGACUGAAGUGGGGAAGUGUUCAGGUGAACAGAAUACAGAAAACGUCACUUUCCACCAUGAAGGAUUCUUCUGGAGAUGUUGGUUUAAUGGGGCUGUGGAAGAGAAUGAUUCCAAUAUCUGGCAGUUCUGGUACACCAAUCAGCCACCGUCGAAGAACUGCACCCACGCUUAUCUGUCCCCGUAUCCCUUCAUGAGAGGCCAGCACAACUCCACCUCCUAUGACUCCGCAGUCAUUUACCGUGGCUUCUGGGCGGUCCUGAUGCUUCUGGGGGUAGUUGCCGUGGUGACUGCAAGCUUUCUGAUCAUCUGUGCAGCCCCCUUCGCCAGCCACUUCCUCUAUAAAGCCGGGGGAGGCUCCUAUAUUGCCGCAGGCAUCCUGUUCUCCCUGGUGGUGAUGCUGUAUGUCAUCUGGGUCCAGGCAGUGGCCGACAUGGAAAGCUACAAAAACAUGAAAAUGAAGGACUGCUCGGAUUUCACCCCUUCUGUGCUGUAUGGCUGGUCGUUUUUUCUGGCCCCCGCGGGGAUAUUCUUUUCUCUGCUAGCUGGAUUGCUGUUUCUAGUUGUUGGACGGCAUAUUCAGAUACAUCACUAAUCAAACUGUUGCCACCAAUAUUUUCCUGAGAGAUGUAAAAACACAGCAUUUUAAAAAAUUUUGUUUCCGUGAUCCCAGCACGGAAUGAGUUGACCUAAGUUUUUGGUUGCUGUUUGAGUUAACUUUUUACUUGUGAUUUUUCUCUAAUAAGAGGGUCCCAGAAUCUAUCCGGACGCCAGAGUGCUUCCAUCUUAUUUAAGUGCUUUCAAGAACCUAGUUCUUUAGGGAGCAGGUAACAUGGGCCCCCCUUUUGCUGCACAUGGUAGAGUCCAUGUGGGUAACAAAGGUUUGAUAGCAGUGUAACCACAUCACCUGGGGCAGAUCAUGGUUUGAUUUAAGCCUCCUUCUUGGCAUUCACUUCUGCUGCUAUU